AUGUUUCAAUGUGAAAGCAAGAGAUCUCUCUAUCUAUCUAUCUAUCUAUCUAUGACAAUUGCAAAUAUUACAACGUCAAUGUCAGUCGCAACUGUUCCAUCUACAAAGAAAACAUCAUGGGAAAUACUUUUUUCUUCUUUUUUCUUUUCUCUUUUUUCUUUAGAUAAUUCUUUUUUUUUUCUUUUUCUUUUUCUCUUUUUCUUUAGAUACAUUUAUCUUCUUUCUUCAAAUUCUUUUUUCUUUUUCUUUUUUUCUUUAACAAUUUAUUUUUUCUUUUUUUCUUUUUCUCUUUUUUCUUUAGAUACAUUUAUCUUCUUUUCUUCACAAUUUUUUAUUUGCUUUUUCUCUUUUUUCUUUAGAUACAUUUAUCUUUUUUCUUCACAAUUCUUUUUUCUUUUUUUUUUUUUCUUUAGAUACAUUUAUCUUCUUUUCUUCACAAUUCUUUUUCUUUUUCUUUUUUCUUUUUUUCUUUUUUCUUUAGAUACAUUUAUCUUCUUUUCUUCACAAUUCUUUUUUCAAUUUUAUCUUCUUUUCUUCAAAAUCCUUUUUUUUUCUUUUUUCUUUAGAUACAUUUAUCUUCUUUUCUUCACAAUUCUUUUUUCUUUUUCUCUUUUUUCUUUAGAUACAUUUAUCUUCUUUUCUUCACAAUUUUUUAUUUGCUUUUUCUCAUUUUCUUUAGAUACAUUUAUCUUCUUUUCUUUUUUCUUCACUUUUUUCUUUAGAUUCUUUUUUUUCUUUUCUUCACAAUUCUUUUUUUUUUUUUCUUUUUUUCUUUAUACAUUUAUUUCUUUUCUUCAUUCUUUUUUUUUUCUCUUUUUCUUUAGAUACAUUUAUCUUCUUUUCUUCACAAUUCUUUUUUCUUUUUCUUUUUUCUUUAGAUUCUUUUUUCUUUUCUUUUUUUCUUUAUAUUUUUCUUUUUUUUUUUUUUCUUUUUUCUUUAGAUACAUUUAUCUUCUUUUCUUCAAAAUUCUUUUUUCUUCUUUUCUUCUUUUCAUUUUUAUUCUUUUUCUUCACAAUUUUUUUCUUUUUUCUUUUUCUUUAGAUACAUUUUCUUCUUUUCUUUUUUUUUUCUUUUUCUCUUUUUCUUUAGAUACAUUUAUCUUCUUUUCUUCACAAUUUAGAUAUAUUUCUUUUCUUCAUCUUUUUUCUUUUUUUUUUUUUUUCUUUUUUUCUUUAGAUACAUUUAUCUUCUUUUCUUCAAUUUUAUCUUCUUUUCUUCAAAAUUUUUUUUUCUUUUUCUUUUUUCUUUAUACAUUUAUCUUUUUUCUUUUCUUUUUCUUUUUCUUUUUUUCUUUAGAUACAUUUAUCUUCUUUUCUUCACAAUUCUUUUUUUUUUUUCUUCUUUUAGAUACAUUUAUCUUUUUUCUUCAAAAUUCUUUUUUUUUUUCUUUUUUUCUUUUUUCUACAUUUAUCUUCUUUUCUUCACAAUACUUUUUUCUUUUUCUCUUUUUUUCUUUAGAUACAUUUAUCUUUUUUCUUCAAAAUUCUUUUUUCUUUUUUUCUUUAUUUUUAUCUUUUUUCUUCUUCUUUUCUUUUUUCUUUUUUCAAAUUCUUUUCUCUUUUUUCUUUAGAUACAUUUAUCUUCUUUUCUUCACUUUUUUCUUUUUCCUUUAG